CUUCGACAACUUCCGCUUACUUCCGCUACCCAUGGAUACCACAUCAUGGAUACCACCGUUUAGCAGACUAUUAGGCUACCCUAGGUGUAACAGCCGUGGCCGGGAAACUCCCCAACCGUACGCCAAGUGUCAAUUAUAAGAUCGACGGGUGCAGGCACAACUAUAACAUACGACAUGACAUGAGCCACAUCCCAGGUGCAAUACCGGUAUAUAAAAAUGGAUAUUGCAGCAAAAGCGAACUAGAGUCAAGAGUCGGCUAAUAGGGCAACUGCCUUUUACUCGUCGUGAUUGAUGGCAAGCAACAUAAACCAAUGGAGAUGAUAUCCUUCUAGUGAAAAGCAAUUUCCUGAUGGCCACGAAUGCGGCUGGCCUAGCUGCAAGCAUAGAAGUCGGCCCCGCGUCCCAACAACAGAGCGGAACGCCACCGACCGAGCUGGCGCCACUUGAAUGGCAGAUAGUAAAGUGGAAAAUUGACGACAUAUUCAACGAAGGUUACUUCCAGGAUAAGCUUAAACCCAUUCCUGACGCCUUCCCCGAUGCGGCGUCCUGGGCUUCGGCGUUCCUGCCGUACAUUCCUGAAGAAGUUCGAGCAAACCUGCGACAGCACCUACAGCGCCUCGUCUCCCUCCAGUGGCUGCCUCUGGAGAGCAAACCCCGACUAUGUCGUUAUGGUGCAGGCAGCGGCAGUGCGAGCGAUGGUGCACGGGAGGGUGCAAAAGGCACGGACUGCGGGGCUUCUGCAUUUCGCUGCGUUUCCUUUCGCCUGAAAGAUGACCGCGGCAGCGCCUGGCACGCCUGGAAUGACCUGCAGUCGGCUAUGUCAGGCGCCGGCUGCAGCGACGCAAGUGCGCGUUCCUCGCAAACGCCACUGCUCAAGCCCUCCGACGUGGUCCUGCUGGCAAACAGCAAGGUCCCGAGCGUGAAGUCCCUGAGCCAACCUGGCGUGGUGUUUGCGCUUGGCGUGGUCGGAUGCCACGGCAUUUCGGAGGACGGCGGAGAUGGUGACGGCAGUGGGAGUAGUGGCACAUUCAAGGCGCUUGUUAUGGGCGAGCGGCACUCCAGGUUGGCUCCGCUUUCGGAGAUGAAGGCAGCCUCGGACGUCGAUUCCUGGUACGCGGUGUGUGUUGGCAACAUUGCUACUGCUGUGCGAACUUGGAACGCCCUUCAGCCAUUCCUCACAACCGGCGACAAGACGGCACACCAGCCACCCCCUCCGCUUCCCACCCAGCUCUUAUGCAAUGACGAUGACCUGGUUGCAGCUGCAGCCGACUCCGCCGUAUCCCACGCUGCACAUACCGCCCCACCUACCCCUGACGGCAGCCCGGGCAAUGCCGGCCUUCCACGUGGUCCAGAUGCUGCAACGGACAGCACUGUAGCAGCCGACAUUCACGAAGCCCUACGCAUCUACUGUGAAAGUGUACGGCAUCUCGAUGCAUCGCAAUGUGAUGCCGUACAACGUGCUGCUAUGUUGUACAUGGGGCUGUCGUACGUGGGUGCCGCCGAGGCGUGCGAGGAUGGCGGCGGUGGUGGUGGCAGACGCGGUGCCAUGUCCCAGUCCGCUGCUUGCAAGCUUAUCGCCACAGCGGACGACGACAUCGUGAGUGGCAAUCAUGCUGUGUCAAACGUGGACAACGCCUGCGAGGACGGCAACACUCUUUCCGCAGCCCCCUGUGCUAACGUUUCAGGUGCGCCUGCUGCUGGUCAGGCUUUCCCAAUCCUGAUGGUGCAGGCUCCUGGUAAGGCCGGACGCGGCGGUGCUGCUGGUGCUGGAGGCGGCGGUGUUGAUGACACGACGGCCCCUGCAGUAGCAGGCUCGACGGGCAGGGCUGCCCAGAUCCUGAUGGUUCAGGGCCCUCCGGGCACCGGCAAGACCUCCACCACUGCCGCCAUGCUGUCGGUGCUGUGCGGUCUGGGGUGCGCUACAGACAAGUCGGCGGUGCUGGUGUGCGGGCCUACAAACGCGGCGGUGGGCGAGGUUGCGAGCAGGUUCUCAUUGCUCCUGUCUCAGCAGUCGCAACAGUUUGCUGACCAGCCUGAGGUCAAGGAACUACGGAGCAGUGGAGUGCUGCCAGUAGCACCGCCGCUGCUGCAAGGUGACUGUGUGGUGGUGGGAAGCGAGGGCCGCCCGGACCCCGCGGCCAAUGACAGGCGGCAUGGAAUGAAUUUGAAGGAAAGAGCGAAACGCCUAGCCGGCGUCCUUAAGGGCCCUUCCAGCUGGAGGUGCACGGUGGAGGAACUGCGCCGCCUUCUCACCGCGCCCUCCGAGGUCCACAAGGAGGCCCUGCGGGCAGCGGAGGCGGUGGCAGCAGCGGCGCCGGCGUCCAUAUCGACGUUGCUGGCUCGUACGGUGCCAGAGGCGGUGGGAGACUACCUGCUACAGCGGUUGCCGCCGCUGCUCAGCCGACUACGACAGCACGCCACCACGUUGCUGGCGGACCUGCCCUCGGCGUCUUGGGAGGCGCCGUGGUACGGCUGGGACGCGCCGGUUGGUACCACCACUACUGGCAUGGACGCCAACGUCAGUGUUCGGGUGGAGAACGGCGGUGUUAGCAAGGCCCUUGAAGGUCGUGAAGCCAUGAAGCGACUAGCGGACGCUUGCAACUCGCUGGAAUCUGUCCUGCAUGGGGUGACACCAUCGGCGGUCACAAAGGCGGUGAACUCCAUGCCGAAACAGCCGGCUGCGAGUGUCAACACCAGCAGUCCAUCUUCUGCAGCUGCUUCCUCAUCACGACUGAGCUUCCUGGCCCCUCCGACGAAGCCGUCCUCCCCAGCGCAUGCUAGCCCCCUGCUACUGCCACCCUGCGCUCCUAGCACACCGCGGCUCGCACCACCGCCGCCCCUGCCGCGACAAGGUCGACAGGAUUUGCUUGCAGCUCCCUUGCGGGAUUUGCCGUCGUCACCACCACCAGCAUGCAGCAGUGACGACCCUGUUGACGGAGCCAGCAGCAGCGGUUGCACCCCGCGCAUCAGGAAGUGCGAUUCAGCAGUGGGAACCGGAAGCGGUGGUAAUGAGCCACCACGCGCUCGACGGCCCCUGUCUGACGUGAUGAACGAGACUGUUGCUGCGCUGGAUGGCUGUGGUGAUGCCUUGGAGCUGCGCAAGCUAGAGUCUGAAGCCGCGCUGGGUGACCUCGCAAGUUACUGCCUGUCCAACGCUCGUGUGGUCUUCUCCACCGUCUCCGCUGUGGGCUCUGGCCGCCUGGCGCCCCACCGUUGCCCACUCAAGGUGGACGUCUGCAUCAUAGACGAGGCGGCUCAGCUGCCCGAGGCCGAGACCGCCAUCGUGCUGUCUCGCUGGCGGCGGGAGCUGUCGCUGCUGGUGCUGGUUGGGGACCCCCAGCAGCUGCCCGCAACGGUCAUCAGCACCGAGGCGGCCAAGCGGGGCUACGGCAGGAGCGCAUUCGAGCGGCUGGUGAAGUGCGGCAGACGGGCGGUGCUACUUAACACGCAAUACCGAAUGCACUCAGACAUCAGCAGCUGGCCACACCGCGAGUUCUACAAGGGCGAGGUGAUGGAUGGACCCAACGUGGACAGCGAUGUAGCUAGCUUGCUCGGCCUGCCCUGGGGUCCGUACAUCGUACUUGACGUCAGCACGGGUUUUGAGGAGCAGGAGAUGUACACCGAUGGCACGGGUGAGGAAACAGCUGCUGGAAACAGCGGCGCCGCUGCGUCCGCCGCUGCAGGAGCAGCAGGCCGUCCCGCUGGCGGCAGCGCUGGCAGCAGCAGCAGCAGCGGCAGCGCCAGCAGCGGGAGCACUAGCUGGUGCAAUCCGUACGAAGCUGCAAUCGCUGAGCUCCUAGUGAAGCGAGUGGCGAAGAACUGGCGGAGCAGGCCAAAAGGCAGCGCGCAUGGCGGGUUAUUACUCCGGGAUGACCACACCCUGUCUAUUGGUAUCAUCUCUCCGUACAGGGCUCAGGUGGAUGUCAUUGCCUCGCGGCUAGCAGACGACGCCACCGGCCCCGGCGGCCCCAACGUGGAGAUUUCUGUCCGCUCAGUCGACGGCUUCCAAGGCCAGGAAAAGGACGUCAUCAUCCUCAGUAUGGUCCGCGCCAAUAGCCGCGGUGAUGUGGGCUUCACAGCCGACCCGCGCCGCCUCAACGUGUCCGCCACCCGAGCGAAACAUGCGCUUGUGGUGCUGCUGCAUGCGGAAACCAUGCGGAGGAACCCGCUGUGGAGCCGCUUUCUGGACGAUGCGAAGGCUCGCAGCGCCUUGCGGAGCGCCGUACAGCAGCCGGUGUUGGAUCCCGCCUUCCGUAGUGUACGGCAUGCGGUGAAGCGGCGUGCUGAGCUGGCUUCAGUGCGACGAAAUCUGUGGUCAGAGCAGCCAUGGAAGGUUCUCUACACGGAUGCGCUGCAGUCCUCAUUCCGCUUGCUAAAGAAGUCGAACCGGCCACGCGUCUUGGAGAAGAUGCUGAUGUUGGCCAGCGGCCGCUUCCCACGCCGCCCGCUGCCCUGCAACCUGGUGCGCGAGGAGUACCGCGACCUGCUGCAUGUGCUGCGGCUGGAGGGAGGUCGGCUGGUGCUGCUGUGGGGCGUGCGACUGGACUGGUUUGACGGCGUGUGGCGCCAGACGCUUCAGGUUUGGGAUGUGCUGCCGGUUCCCCAAAAGGCCAAGACGUUGCUGCAGUGGGUACGGCGCAUCCAAGCCGAAUACGACACACUCACGGAGGAGCACCUGGACGCCCUGCGCUGCUGGCGAAGCCAACCCGACACGCAGGGUGUCAUCGUACCUCGUUGCUGGCCCGAAGGGCUCAUCUUUGCCAAGACCCGCAUGCCAUUGACGCAGAGUGACGGUGGUGGGGGCCACGGUGGCAACGCGUGCGAAGAACGUGACGAGGAAGGACUGCUGGACAAUGGACUGGAGGGUGGUGUCACGUUCCAACUACACACCAAACACUUCCUGCUGGACGCACCGAACGCCAAUUUGCUAUGGACGGCGGAGAAGGGCGACGCGCUUCAGAACAAUUUUGAUCUGAGCGCCGAGCAGAAGGUGCUGCUGGUUUCGCCUGGCUCCAAAAUCAUCAUUGGGCGCAGUGGUACGGGCAAGACGCUUCUCAUCGUGUCUUUAGUGGUUCACCGUGAAGAGGCAUUCAUGGCACGAAGGAGCAAGUCCACAGCAGAAGGGCUCGGGCCUGACGGCGAUGAUGACCUUGAAAGCCACCAGCAUGGAGCCAUGGAGGCAGCAGCCGCCAAAAACGGCGGUGGUCACAGCAUACGGCUGCGGCAAUUGGUCGUGACGCUAAACCCCAAGCUGGCAGCCACGAUAAAGAAUGACAUCAACCGGAAGAUGGCGACCGUUCACGCGGCCAUGGCUCCCGUACACGAUGCUGAGGCCACUAUAGGUGACGACAGUGGCGGCAAUGACAACGGAAAUGGCGGCGGUGGCGAUAACAACGAAAACGGCGGCGGCGGCGAUAACAACGAAAAUGGCGGUGAUGAUGGCAACAACGGAAAUGGUGGCGGCGGCGGUGGUGAUAACAACAGAAAUGGCGGUGAUGACGGCAACAUCAAGAAAGAUAGCCUGCCAGUUUUGGUUGACGAGGAUGCGGUCGCACGCAUGUUUGAAAACCUGCCGGACAUCCUGGCGGAAGUGCAGGACGAGAGCUGCCCGCUGGUUUUGGACUUGCGACGUUGCAUGCUCAUGCUGGAUGCCUCCCUGGAGCUUACCUUCAUGGCCUGUCAGCGCCAGCGGGCAGCGGCAGCUGCUGCCAAGAGUAGUGGGCGGAGGUGCACCAGCAACACUGCCAACGGUGCGAGCGGUGAAGGCAGGGAUGACAGGAGCAACUUCAUGGGACACGCUGCUGCUGCGGCCAAUGUACACGCAGCAAACGAAGGCGAUGCGGGGGAGGCCAUGGCGCAUGGGGCUGAGGAGGUCUUGGGAGGGGAGGAGGUGCGGGGAGGUAUUGCAUGCAUGGAGGUGGAGGUGCCCGAGGCAGCUGUAAGGCAGGAGAAGGAUGACGACCCGCUUGCAAGUAGAAUCGUGGAGGUGGACUACGACCGCUUUGCGGACUCCUACUGGCGGAACUUCAGCCACGAGGUCCGCAAGGGUAUCAGCGACCCCGCGCUCGUGUGGCGCGAGGUGCAGACCCACAUCAAGGGCAGUCUGGAGGCGCUGGACAGCCCGGGCGGCCGGCUGUCACAUGAGCAAUACGUGGCACUCGCGGAGACGCGCGCGGGAGAGGACCUCAACGCCAAGCUGCGCGGAGUCAUUUAUGAGCUCUUCAGGCGGUACGAGCAGGAGAAGCAGCGGCGUGGCGAGUACGACGUGGGCGACCUGACGUGGCACCUGCACGAGCAGCUGGAGGCGCGGGGCUACCGCGGGGCUCCCUUCCGCUUCGUGUACCUGGAUGAGGUGCAGGACCUGACGCCGGCGCAGGUGGCGCUGUUCAAGUACCUGUGUCCGUGGCCUCAGGACGGGUUGGUCUUGGCAGGCGACACCGCCCAGACGAUUGCAAAGGGCGUCAGCUUCCGCUUCGAGACCCUGAAAGACGUGCUGCAUGAAGUCUUCUUGAAGGGCGUGAAGGACGCACGCGUGCCUAAGGAAUGUUAUCUGCUCGAGAAUUUCCGUACCCAUGACGCCGUUUGCAAGCUGGCUCAUUACGGAGUGCUGGUUCCACUGCUGCAUUUCUUCCCUUCCGCUCUGGACCGGCUAAAACCCGAGAAAUCAAAGAACGCAGGCUCCAAGCCGCUGUUGUUGUUGCCUUCUUGCGGAGGCCUCGAGCAGCUCCUGAUGGGAGGCCUUGCAUUACCUGGAGUCGAAGUAGAAGCGGUGGCAGCUGAGCCAGAAGCGGCGGCGGGGGAGGCAGAAACGCUGGCAGCAGAGGAAGAAGCGGCACCAGCGGCUGAGGCAGAAGCGCCGGCGGAGGAGGCAGAAGCGCUGGCAGCAGAAGAAGAAGCGGCACCGGCGGCUGAGCCAGAAGCUGCGGCGGCGGAGGCAGAAACGCUGGCAGCAGAGGAAGAAGUGGCGGCAGCUGAGCCAAUCGCACCGGCGGCUGAGCCAGAAGCGGUGGCGGGGGAGGCAGAAGCGCUGGCAGCAGAGGAAGAAGCGGCACCAGCGGCUGAGGCAGAAGCGCCGGCGGGGGAGGCAGAAGCGCUGGCAGCAGAAGAAGAAGCGGCACCAGCGGCUAAGGCAGAAGCGGCGGCGGGGGAGGCAGAAGCGCUGGGAGCAGAAGAAGAAGCGGCACCGGCGGCUGAGCCAAUCGCACCAGCGGCUGAGGCAGAAGCGGCGGCGGGGGAGGCAGAAGCGCUGGCAGCAGAGGAAGAAGCGGCGGCAGCUGAGCCAAUCGCACCAGCGGCUGAGCCAGAAGCUGCGGCGGCGGAGGCAGAAACGCUGGCAGCAGAGGAAGAAGUGGCGGCAGCUGAGCCAAUCGCACCGGCGGCUGAGCCAGAAGCGGUGGCGGGGGAGGCAGAAGCGCUUGCAGCAGAGGAAGAAGCGGCACCAGCGGCUAAGGCAGAAGCGCCGGCGGAGGAGGCAGAAGCGCUGGGAGCAGAAGAAGAAGCGGCACCGGCGGCUGAGCCAAUCGCACCAGCGGCUGAGGCAGAAGCGGCGGCGGGGGAGGCAGAAGCGCUGGCAGCAGAGGAAGAAGCGGCGGCAGCUGAGCCAAUCGCACCAGCGGCUGAGCCAGAAGCGGCGGCGGGGGAGGCAGAAGGGCUGGCAGCAGAGGAAGAAGUGGCGGUAGCUGAGCCAAUCGCACCGGCGGCUGAGCCAGAAGCUGCGGCGGCGGAGGCAGAAGCGCUGGCAGCAGAGGAAGAAGCGGCGGCAGCUGAGCCAAUCGCACCAGCGGCUGAGGCAGAAGCGGCGGCGGGGGAGGCAGAAGCUGCGGCGGCGGAGGCAGAAGCCCUGGCAGCAGAGGAAGAAGCGGCGGCAGCUGAGCCAGGAGCAGUGGCGGCUGAGCCAGAAGUGGAAGCAGCACAGGCAGAAGCGGCGAUGGCAUGCGCGGAAGUAGCCGCAGCAGUGGACGAAGCGGCAGCAGCUGAGCUAGAAGCAUUGGCGGCAGAGGCAGAGGCAGAAGCGGCGGCAGCUGAGCCAGAAGCAUUGGUGGCGGCAGAGGCAGAAGCGGUGGCAGGAGCAAACAAUGCAGUACAUGACGCUGUUCCCAAGGCAUCACAUGGUGGCCUUGAGGUGGUAGUACUGGUACCAAAUGAGGCAGCCAAGGAGGAUGCCAAGCGGCGGUUGGGAGGCUGUGAUGUGCUGGUGCUGACGGCACUGGAGAGCAAGGGUCUGGAGUUCAAGGUCGUCCUCCUGUACAACUUCUUCUCCGCCUCGCGCCUCAAGCCCUCCAAGUGGCGGCUGCUGCACCACCUGCUAGCAGCGCAGGGGCUGGUGCCACAAGCCGACAUAGAGCCCGGCGGCCGCCUGGCCAGCCCGCGCUUCAACCCGCAGGAGCACAGCCUUCUGGCUCCCGAGCUCAAGGCGCUGUAUGUGGCUGUGACACGCGGUCAGGAGGAUGUGGUGGUGGUGGAGACGGAUGUGGGUGCCUGCGAACCCGUGCGGGAGCUGUGGGAGCGGCUGGGCCUGGUGGAUGUGCGGGAGCGGCUGGACGCGGGGGUGCUGUCGCGGCUGCAGCGGCAGCUGUCUCCUAAAGAGCUCAAGCAGCGCGCCCAGGUCCUGUUCACCGCGGGGCACUACGCGGAGGCGAUGACGAUGUUUGCCAAGCUGGGUGAUGAUGAAGAACCCAGUCGGCUCUUCUGUGAGGCUUUACUAGCCAAGCAGGCGGGUCGCAAGGCGGUGGACAGAGACCAACCGGAAGUGGCGCGACAGCAGUACACGCGGGCGGCAGGGCUGUUCUUGCAGUGCGGCAAGUACCUGCAAGCGGCCAAGAGCUACGAGAGUAUCGGCAGCUGGGGCGAGGCGGGUGACGUGUACCACCAGUACUGCGGGGAGGGGCUCAAGGCCGCGGAGUGCUACGAGAGGGCGGGGAGGUGGCGAGACGCGGCGGAGAGGCUGACGGAGGUCCGCGACGCGCCCAAUGUGAGGCUGCUGGACCGUGCCUUCCGCGCCUGCUGCAAUGCCGCUGAAUACAUGGCUGGAGUGGAGGCAAUGGAGAGGUGGAGCAAGGGUGGAGCAGCAGCCGCAGCCACCACCGUCGGGACUAGCAGCCGGGAGAUCAUGCAACGACGCGCGGAGCAGCUGCAGGCCCGACUUGUGUCCUUGGGUGCGGUGCAUUGGAAGGACAAGGCGGGCGGACAAGACGAGAUGCUGCGGUUUGUGCGGCUGAUGCCCCGACAGGAGGACCAGCGACGAUGGCUGGAAAGGUACAAUCUGUACGACGUGUUGCUUCAAUUGGACAUCGAGGCGGGACGUUUCCUAGAUGCCGCCCGCACCUACGAGCGCAAGGGCGAUGCCGACAGCUGCGAACGCGCCGUACAGCUCUACACGCAAGCCGGCUGCUAUGCAGACGCUGCAAACACGCUGCUGCAACGCGCCCGCACCGCCGUGCUGUGGGGCGGCAAGAAACAUGACUGGCCAUCAUUGUCCCCUGGUGGCGGCCGCGGCGGCUACAAGUACAUGAAGCAAGUGAAGGAGCUGAUCGAGUCGUCGGUUGCUGCUGCUGGCGAUGGAGGCGCCGAUGGGGGCAACAGAGCACCCGUGGCGAUCACUGGCGGCAGCGCUGUCGAGCUGGCAGGAUGCAGAUUGGAGCUGGAGGUGCUAGCUUGCCUAACAAGCAGCGGUGGGGGCGUUAACGCUGCUGCCGCGGGCAGAGGCGUCGGUGGUGGAGGUGGCGUAGGUACUCAGGCAGGACCCUUGCAGCAGUGGGAGGGAUGGAGGGAGCAGCUGGAUAGGGCGACAGCGACGGCUGGGGCUGAGGCUGUGUUGCUUGGGAGACUGUGCGUUCUGCGUCGCUUCUCAGAGGGUGCACUGGAGCUCGCUGGAAAGCACUUGGCAGCGUGGGAACAGCCGCAACAGCAGCAACCCAAGCAGCAGCAGCAGCAGCAGCGUGCACCUCCGAAGCAGCAACCGAAAACCCCAAUGCAAGCCCAACAGCAGCAGCAAGCCGCGACAACAGCCGAUGUUCAAGCCAUCACCGCUCUGGCGGUGCCGCUGCUGCGCCUCUGGUCGCCCUACCGGCGCCUCCUCGCCGACGUGCUCCGCGUACUCAGCCGCCAACAAGUCGCCUCAGCCUCCGCACGCGACGCAAGCGUGCUAGCUGCCGUACAAACCUACCAUGUCGUGCGAGCGUACGGCAGCAGCGGCAGCACUGCUGCUGGCGGUGGCGGCGGCUCGGGUGCGUUACAGCUGGGCUGUCCCGCUGCUGAGGACGCUGCUUGGAUUCAGCUGGCACGUGAUGAGCGACAGGGGCUCAGGCUUGGUGGCGGAGCCGCCGCCGCGAAUGGUGGUGUUGGCGGUGGUGGAGGUGUGCGGGAGAUAAGCGCUGCGGCCUUUGCUGAUGCUGCAACGUUGUACUGGCGUCGUGAGUUCGGGGCUCGGUCAAAGCACACGCUGGAGGUUUUGCAAGGCCUGGCAGCGCUUCUGGAGCCAAACUAUGAGGCCUUCCGGGACAUCAAAGGGGCACUGGAGGUCAGGGAUAAGAAACAGGGAGGAGGAGCAGCUGCGGGUGGUGGUGGUGCAGUGGUGGUGGAGGUUGAUGCGACCCAGCUGCGAGUGCAGCUGCUGGUGGCCGCGGUACAAGAGGCGAGGCUGCUGGUGCAGGUACCGCUGGCUGAGGGCCAGGGAGUAAUAGCCCGCCCAGGCAGCUCCAAGGCCCACGCCCGGGCUGCUGGGACGCUGGCAGCGGACCGCGCCCGUCUGCUGCGCACCACGUUCGAGCGGCUGUACGACGCCUCAGCCGGCCUGCCGCUGCCGGCGAUGGUGCAGAUGGGCAGCAUUGCGGCAGCCAGGGCGGCGGCGGCGGAGGCGCUGGAGCAGUACGUGACGGCGCUGCUGGCGGACGCGGCGAAGCGCACGGCGCAAUUCGUGAGGCCGCUUCACAGCUCACGUGAGGGGGUGACGUGGGCGCGUCCUGCACCCUCGCGGCUAAGCCACGAGGAGGUGGCGAGGAUGGUGGUGUUACAGCCGCUCCUACCAGCCGGUUGGAUGCUACGCAUGGAAGCGGAGAAGCUCGUCGACUGGCAGGUGCCUUGGAGCUCGCCGCCCGCUUCCAUGUCAGCAUGGCAGCUGCUGCUAGAGGCGACACGCAUUGCGGACUGGGUCCGACCCAUGGUUCCGUUCGCGCGGGAGCCGCAAACGGGUCCUCAUGUGGUGCUCAUCGUGGCGCAGUGGGGGUGCAGGGCGCUGCUGGACUUUGCCAGUGGCAGGUCGCUGACGGCUAAGCCGCGCGAGUGGAACCCCUUUGACCCAUGGGUCGGCAUGCGGCCCCUUACCUUCCUGACCCUCCUGGAGCGUUUCUCCCUGCUAGCGCUGGCAGUGACCACCGGCGGAAUGAACAACCUUGUCGUACCGGUAUCUCUGGUGCUCGACCACAUGACGCAACCGGGCCUGGCGGAGCUGCUCACCUACACCAUGCGGCAUGUCCCACGGGUCACCCCUGACUCCAUGCACGCCCUGCAUGCAGACGUGUGCCGCGUAUGUGAUGUGCUGUGCGACCUAAUCUGCGACCCGCAACGGUUGGUGGAGCAGCAAGCGAGCGGGCAGGUCUCCACAGCAGCAGCAGGGCAGCAGCAGCCGUUAGCCUCCGGAUCAGGGCGGCAGGGAGGCCAGUGGCCCACCUUGCAGCAGCAACAGAGGCAGCAACAACAGCAGCAGCAACAGCAGCAACAACGGCAGGGACCGGCGCCUCGGCAGGCACACGCCGCCACAGCAACCGGCAACUCCCUCAUUGCCAGCCUAGGCGCGCAGGAGCAGCGGCAGCUAGGCAUCGCCCUGCGCCGGGCCAUCGUGCUGCUCUUCACAAUCGCCAUCAACGAACGGCCUCUGCCGCCUCUAGCGGCGCCACGGCAGGCGCCGCCGCUGCCGCCACACAGGCCACCGCCAUACCAUCACCAGCAGCCGCAGCAGGCCUAUUACCCACGGCAGCAGCAACAGCAGCAGUACCCUGCGUCCUACGGCAAGCAACCCCCACGGCAACCGCAGCCAGCGGAUGCCUGCUACAAAGUCAGCCUGGCCGGAUUGCAGCAGGCGACGCCGCUGUUGCCCUGCACGCUACGUAUGUUGCUGGACGACAUCAUGCGGUCCCGGAGGAAUGCAGGUGCGGCUGGGGCAUGUUCACCUCCGCUGCUAGGUCCGGAGUUUUCCAGAGCCAUGAUGCGGGGCAAGGACCGGCUGCUGCGGCUCUUCCGGCACUCUGUGCGGAGUCCCCAGGGCAUCGCCUGGGCAAACGCGAACAAGUCGUAUGGAAUUGAAGCCUGGAAGGAGUUGAAGCCGUUGGCGCCAACAGGUGGUGGAGGUGCUGUACGGCAGGCCGUGGGAGGGCCAGCGCAGGCGGCCGCAUCCCGCCCUGUGCGGUUCUUCCGGCUACCCGAGGCGCUGCUGACGGCUGCCGCGGAGGAUCUAGCAGGCGAUGCUGACGACGACGAUGCCGACACUGGCGCUGGUUCCGGAGCAAGCGGAAGCGCUGACGCCAACCCCAGCAGUAGCAUGAGCAGCGGCAACACUGACACUGCGUCUGGCGCAUCCGGAGAUGACGGCGAUGGCAGCGGUAGUAGCAGUGCCGACGACGUCGGCGUCGCAGGCAUGGCUGACAGUGCGGCACAAUCCACCCGUGCUGCCGUCGCCGCAGCCAACGAGCUAGGCAGGCGGUGUUACGUCAUGACGGUGGUGUGGCUGUACCGCGCUCGGCAGCAAGUGCAAUUGCCAAAGCUAACGCCCUUGCAACGGCUGUGUCGUACGGCACGCGCUGCCGUACACGACAUUGCCCAUCCGGAGCUGACUCAGCAGGUCAAGGACUACACCGCCCUGUUUUUGGCGGAGGCAUGCCCGCUGCAGGUGGAGAUCCAGGAGGUGCAGGGGCGGCUGGAGGGGGUGGUGCAGCGGCUGCUGGAGCAGGCUGCUGGGACUGCAGCAGCAGACGACCCGCAGCAGCAGCAGCAGCAGCAGCAGCAGCGGGCCGAGGAGCUGGACUGGGCCCUGGAGCAGCGCGAGGCUCUGAACCUGAAGGCGUCCGUGCUGGACCUCAGGAACGAGUCCUGCCACCUGAAUUUCAACACAAAGUGGCUGCGGGAGAAGGUGCUGCUGCCGCUGCGACAGCUGGUGGCCGAAAUCCGCCAGGAGCUCGAGCAGCACGCGUAGACACGCAUAGACCAUAGCGUUGUUAGCAGUAUCCUAGAGGCCGGCAUGAGCUAGGGCCCCCCCAUCAUGCUGGGCGCGUGGGUUGUUAAGCGUUCGCUCGGGCUGCACACAAAGGAGGGCAGCAGCUAGAAGGUUGCGGUCACCAGACAGGAGGAGCAUUUGCUGUUCGAGCAAAGCUGGAUUAGUCCUCGUGCUGACUGGGCAGUGUUAGGUGAUUGCAUGCAGCACGCACUGUGUUUGAGGUGUCUGCUGGGAGUGUUCGAGCAUGGACGUGUCGGGGCCGAAUGAGCUGCUAGGCAAGUAGGACAGCUUGACGGUACUUGGAAACGUAACAAAAGGGUGAGAGUUUUAACGGGUUUACCAGCUUGGCCAUGUGAAACUAGCCUUUCCGCAAUCCGUUGUGUCACUGCGCCGCACCAAGCAGGACUCCGAUGACUGUACGACAUAGGGCCGUACGACAUAGGGCCGUACGACAUAGGGCCAUACGACAUCGGGCCGUACGACGACAUCGACAAUCCAAUACCCGACCUGAUUUACAUAUGUGAUAGCCC